GAGACCAAGAAGAGUUCACUGAGUGUCCGCGGGCCUUGACACUGGUCUGACACAAAGCGACUGAAAACAGGGAGGCUACUCUACCUGGAUCUAAGUGGAUUGAGGAGGGCAGAGAGCAAGACAGGGAGUCAGACAGGGAAAGAAGACAGAAGGGAUUAGGAGUUAAUCCAGCACACAGACUAUUUUAAAGGAGCUUUUUUCUUUUUCUCCAAAGCGAAGCAAACAAAAUAGUUGCCGGAUUACAACACUUUGCCUUAUUGCCUUUUGCGAUAAAGCAUUAUCCCCCUUUUUCCUCUUCACUUUGAUUGUUGUCGUGGCUCUGAGCAGUCUGGGCAGUGGGGACCUGAUCUCUGAGGACCAGCAACAAGAUGUUUUUUGGAGCCUGUGGUACCACACAUGGAUAAAACCUUUCAAAGCUUUGGAUGAAACACACAAGAUCAUGUCAAGCGUUGACAUCCUUUGACACAUGCAUCAUGGACUCACAUCCAAGAAUGGCGGCUGAAGUGGAUUUCAAACAGGCUUGUAAUGAGAGUUCCGAUGUUCUAAUAUGAACUAAAUCUUGAGAUUUUUUGCCACCAUGAGUAUGGGAAAGCUGCCUGGGAUUAAGGGCCUUGUGUCUGGCUCUCAGGGGAAACGCCGUUUUAAGAGUGACCUGUCUGUGGACAUGAUCAGCCUGCCGUUAGGGGACUUCAGACACACUAUGCACGUUGGCCGAGGUGGAGAAGUGUUUGGAGACACCUCCUUCCUCAGUAAUUAUGGAGGUAUGAGGGAACCUGGAAGCCCGGAUUCAGCAGACAGCUCCAAGACAACCGGCUUCUUCACACGCACUUUUCGUCACAUAAGAAGGGAGUCCGCGCCGCGGCCUCGACAGGGAUCUCGAGACCUUUCAUCUCCACCUCCAGAUAUCUCACCCAUCAUCAAGAAUGCCAUCUCCCUGCCACACCUGAGCACAGACCCUCCCAAUGGGUGCCUGCAGAGGAUGCUGUUUCCCAGUUCUAUCAGUUCAACGGAUGAGUCCUUCUGCACAUAUGGUCUACACUCUGGAUUUGUCACAUUGCCACGCCUCUCCCGCUACGACAGGCAGUUUCCAGAUGGAGACAUCCAGAGAGGUUCAGACAGCGGUGACGUCACUUGGAAACGUUCAGAUUCACUCACCUCAUUCACUCUGGACCUCGGGCCAUCCCUCAUGACUGAGGUACUGAGCUUGAUUGACAACCCCAGCUGCUUUCAGAUGUCCAACCACAACCAGAAAGCAGAUGAAGAAGGGGACGAAGAGGAUGAGGAAGAGGAGGAGAGCGGCUCUGUCACUAACACAACUGUGCAGAGUCCUGGGGUGAGUUCACUCGACCCCUCCACAGGCAGCGAGAUGUUUGUCUGGAAUAUGAACAGCAGGGGUCCCUGUGGAACCUCUUGUACUAGGACACAUCAAGAAGAGGACAUCUGGUCUCUGAGGACACCUGAUGCAUCCCUGGGGUCACCUCAGAGAGCUGAACCUGUCAUCGACGCAGAACGAUUCCAGAAGGCGGCCGAUGUACUUUCCCGACAUUACGGUGGAGGGUCGGUCAGAAAGAGGACAAACAGCAACUCACCUGCUUUUUCCAGCAGCCAUGAGACUGGAUCCACCUUGUCUGAAGAGGAAGAGGAGAUAAAACUGUAAAUUGUGUAAAACUGAACAGACUUUCAAUAAAAAAAAAAAAUAAAAAAAAACAUUUUUAGCCUGAAACUGUAGGAAAACCAUCAAUAUCAAAUUACGUUCACAGCCGAUGUGGAUUCAGCGUCUGCAGGCUGAACAUUUUUGAACCUGUGUCUGUCUGCUCACUGCACUCAGUUCUUGAAAUAUACUUUAUUAACAAAAUCUCUGAAUUAACUUGAAGAUCAAAAGUAUGAAACAAUCUUACUCCAAUAAAACUACAAGAAAACAAAAAUACUCAAAA